AUGCAGGCAACCGCCAACCACCACCCGCCAGAGAGUCGUUUGAAGGGCACGCGCAAGGCUUUCGACAUGUACAUCUCGUGCGUCGAGGCGCACGACGCCGCCUACGCUACCGACAACGUGAGAAGGCUCAAGCACUUCAUGUACGAGCACAAGUUGUCCAUCUCGGCGGAAAACGUGGACGGUGUUGAGCCAUUAGACCAGCUGGUCGACCUCAGCGUCAACUGGAAUCAGCACUUUGUUUUCGAGAUGGCACCGCACAAGCCACAGGGGCAGAAGGGGUGGAUGCUGCUGCUAUACCCCGGCUCGCUGGCGCAGUACUUCAGCCUUUCCGAGCAGACGGGACCAGCAUUCACCGAGUACCUGCGGCACCAUCUGGCCAAGGGGUUCGGAAACGCCACCGACGUGAUCGCCGCAUUUCCCACGUUCCGUGACGAGAUCCUCCGAGAAAUGGCGCCUCUCAACGAGCCCCUGAGCACGAACAAAUACCCGUGGCUCAAGUUCGCUUUCUCGGAAAUUCAAACUUACGCGCCGAACAUCGAAGCCUCGGACUGGCGCUCGACCGUGAACAAGCACUUCGCUUCUUACAACAUCUCCUUUGGCAGUAGGUCGAUGGUGUUCGUUACGGACCGGCGGGUGCUGGACGUGCUGAACAGGCUCCUUGACAGAACCCAAAAGUUGUUCAGGCUGCCCGUCACCUCGUUUAUCGCCUGGAAGUUCGUCGAACUGUUUGGCUGGAUUGUCGACGACAAGAUAGCGGAGAUGAGCUUCGGCGAGACGGAAAAACAGGAGCUGCAUGAAGCGCGCCGCGUGGCCUGCGCCAACUUGGUGGAGCGCACGUACGCCUUCGCCAUGAGCGGCCGCUAUCUCUUCGAGAUUGUCGACGUGAACACCAGGGGCGCUGUGAGCUCUUUCCUCACCUCCAUCCAGGACGCCAUGCUGGCGCUCACGGACAACACGACCUGGAUGGACGACAAAUCGAAAGGCGAUUUCAGGAUCCGUGUGUCGGACGUCGAGCGCACCAUAUGGAUUACAGGAAUCAGCGCGUACCCGGGCAAGCUGACUGCGCUCUACAAGGACUUCCCGGUGAUGGGCAACUUAUUCGUGGCUAACUGGAUCGAAAGUCAGCAAGCAUUGUCGCAGAAACUGUUCGACCUGAUCGCAAACGUUUCGUCGGCCACGUCCGAGUCCGACAGGCGGACGGCGUACGCCGAAUACCGGGCCAACUCUGACCCGUCCAUGUCGCGCUACGUUUAUCAUCAAAACAGCAUCAUGGUGCCCAUGAGCCUGCUGUUCAAGCCCAUGUACGUUUACGAUGGCACCUCCGCCAUGAACUACGCAGGCCUCGGGGCCCUGUACGCACAGUUGCAGAUCAAGAUGCUGGACACAGUCGGCGUCCAGUUCAACGAACAGCGACAGCUCCAGUCCUGGAUGUCUCAAAGCCCCAUGGAGCGCUACGAUGCCAUGGUGCAGUGCUUCUUCUCCAGGGAGAGCCAGGAUGACUUUUGGGAGAAACUGGCGUUCGAGGUCGUUUUCAAGGCGUUCCAGAAGAGCAAGCUUCAGGCGCACACGCACGGCAUCAGGCUUCAGGGCCUCGAUGAGUUUUCGGACGACGCCAUCUUUUACAUGAGUUACUGUUACAUCAGCUGUUCACGCACUGCCUCCAAGACGACGCCCGUACGCCGGUCACAUGUGUGCAACGCCAUCACGGAAACGGAGCACUUCCGCAGCACGUUCGGCUGCCAGACCCGCCCCAAGAGCAAUCUCGCCGAAUGCCCUCUAUUUUGGCGGUAG